AAAAAAAACAUUCCGAGAAUAAAACAAUUCCCGAAAAGUUAUAGAUCAAAUAUGUCCAUCAGUAUAAUUUAAAUUAAAAAAAAAAAAAUUAUAUUGUAGAAAUGUUUGAUCAUUUGAUGAUGAUGGAAAAAAUAUGUAGUUAUGAUCGCAAAUUAAGAGAGUAUUUGAUCGGUUUAAUCAGCAAGACUGUUGAAUUUGAAGAAAAUAAAAAUUCUUGCAAUGAAAGCAGUAAUGUUUUUGAUGAAAUAGAGAAUAAAUGGAAAACAAUAUGUAGUGAGGCUUUAUUGUUACAAACUGUCCCUAUCCUUCUGCAAGGGAGUUCAAUGGAAGGUAGCUCACUGGCACGAUUAGCUAAUCCAUUUUUAAAAGACAUUUUUGAGUUUGAAAUUGAUCUAAAUAUUGUUAUUGGGACAGUGAGUCAAGUGCAGUUUGAAUCUUGCUACGAACCAGUGGGUCGGAAUAAAGCUUUUUUUCGCUAUGUUAUUAAAAACAGUUUGGCUAAUGAUAUCAAUAUAUGUAUACGAUUGCCAGAAGAUAUUGAGCAAAAACUUAUCGCUUCUAUCUCUAAUUCUUCUGAUCCCUUCCUAGAUAAAAAAUGUUUGUCUGGUAUUGUUUUUAAAGAGUUUUAUCAUAAUAGACAACCUACAACAAACAAUCCACUUAAAAGUAUUAGCGUGAGAGGAAUUAAAGGAAUUUUUAGUGAAACAUUAAAAAAGACAAUUGAAGGUUGUUCAGCUUUUUUAAAAUUCAGUACAGAAAAUCUUUCUAAAGAAGAUGUAAUAACAAGUCUUAUUGAGUUGGUCAACUUAGCUAAACAACAAAUUUACAAUUUAAAUAGACAGUUUGAUCAUUUUGAGGAAGUUGAUCUCAAGACUGUAAAAAGCCUUCAUCAUUAUUUGAAUGAAGUCAACAGACUUCAGAUUAUUCUGAUGAAAAGAAAAAGUUUUCCUGAUUCAAAUGACCAAAAUUUUUCUUUCAAAGCAAUAAGUAUUAACAAAAAAGAUAACCAAUCAGAAUCGAAGUCUUCUUUGAUUACAAAUGAAAAUUCUUUUACAUAUGAGGAUGAGAAUAUUAACGAGUGUAAAAACAAUUUAACACUUCAAAUUACUAACAUCUCAAAUACUAUAAAUGAAUGGGUGAAGUGUUUAACUGUGCUUAUGGAGUUACACAACGAGUUAUAUAAGUUUUGUUUGGAUAUGAAAUCUAUUCUUCCGCAACAUUUUAAGACGUUUUUCAAAAAUUAUUCUUGUUUAUUUCCUGAUUAUUACUACAAAAUUUAUUUUGAAAAAUUCAUAUGUACAUGGUCACAAAACAAGAGUGACAUGGAGGAAAACUUAAUAAUGGCAAAUUCAAUUUGUCGUGCUACACAUCUAGGUUUAAAUAACAUAGAUAUUUUGAAAAAAACUUUUAGUGAAUUCAUUGAACCCGAACUCAAUGUUGCAAUUAGUUUAAUAGAGGAGAGUUUAUUUUUAACUAAAAAUGACUUUAUUUCAACUGAAAUACUUAUUGAUAAUGUUCCAUGCUUUUAUGCACCUUUUUGGCCUGAUGCAGCUUCCUCCUGGGUUACACGCAAUAGGUUUUGGCCGGACUCACAACUUGUAGGAUCAAUUUACAAAAAAGGUUUCCAUAUCGUACCAAAAUCUUUACCAGAAGGUGACGAGAGAUUGGAAUGGCGAUUGUCUUUUUCUGCAGCAGAAUCUGUUUUAAGUCUCAACCGAACAGAGAAACAAAAUUACAUUUACUUUCUUUUCAAGUCAUUGUUUUACCAAUAUAUAAAAACAUACAGUCAUGAAAAGUCAUUACCCACGUAUAUAUGCAAAACAGUGAUGAUGUGGGCUUGUGAACAACAGCCCCAGUCAUGGUGGGAAGAAGUAUCACCUGAUAAUGGAGUUUUGUUCUUGAUAAGAGAGUUAGUUAAAGGUAUAAAAAAAAAAGUUAUAAAACAUUACUUUAUCGAAGAAUUAAAUUUACUAGAACACUUUUCAUCAUCUAUUUUGGUUUUUACUGAGUUAAACUUGUUCUGUUUAGAAAAGAAUUUUGUUGAAAAACUAAAUACCUUAAUGGUAAAAAUGAAUUCAGGAAUGAUUAUUGUGAUUGCCCAUUUGAAUGAGAAGCACUCAGCAUCGCUAGAUAUAUCUGUACCUUUUGUUUAUGAACAAAACUGUUUAACAAAGUUGAAAUUUUUAUUUAUAAAUUCUAUUAAAAUUUUUAUAUAUAGUUAUUUUUACAAAUGUUACUGGAUUUACGAAGAAAUUUCAAGAAUAAAAGGAGAACUCACUAUUCAAGCCCAAGUUGUUGACCUUAUUACAAAAGUAUUGCAGUUUCAAGAUAAUGAAGAACUGAGAGAAUUGCACUUAACGCAGUUAAAAAAAUUCAAUGACUUGCUGUGUCGAAUAACAGCAUUGGAUAGAACUGCUCCUUGUUUCUUUUCUGGUUUAAAAUCUUUUUUUCUUCUAAGCUGUACUAAGUGUGACUCUUGCAAUGCAAUCAUUAGGUGCAAAACUAAACGUUAUUUCUGCUCCUUAUGUGCACCUGUUGGUAGUUUUGAUGUGUGUAUAGAUUGUAUUAAUAAUAGGAAAGAUAUCUUUCAAUGGGUUCAUAUACAUCAAGAUCAACUAGAUGAUAAUAAACUAAAUGGUAAUCUUAAAGAUACUUUAGAUAUAAUAAGUGAUGAAUCGCUUGGUUUAAAUCAUACAAGAAAUAAACAAACUAAUAAUGUUGCAGAACAAAAAAAUAAAGAUUGUCUUUUUUCUGAUUUAUUUUCUCAUAUUAAAAAUAUAAAAGUUAUCGUUCCUCAGUUUGAACUCGAAAAAUUCAACAAUUUUGCUGAAACCUGCACUUACGAAACACAGUUAGGACUUGCUUUCCGUGAAUUAAAACAGAAAUUCGAAGACAUGAAUGACAUUCUUUUAAAGGAAUUGAUGCAUUCAUUUCAAUGCGCAACAAAACCAGUUCCAUUUAUAGAAAAUAUUUGCACUCAGUUUAUCAAUAAAUUUGAAAAUAUAUUUAUAAAAAAUCCGGUACCUAUUUUAAGCAAAUGUAUUGAUAAUGAAAUUCAUGAUCUUUAUUUUAAAGAUUGCGAUUCACUUAAAUGUGCAUCUAUGUUUUAUGACCCUCCCUCAGAUUUAACUUACUGGAAAUCAGCAUUAGUUUUACGAAAUGACUGUGCAAAUAAUUAUAAUGAACAUGCGAUAAAAUGUUUUUCAUCAAAACGUAUUUUUAGUUUACGUCGUCAACCACCUGGAGAAUUUAUCAGAAAAACUGGGUUUUUUAAUAAUCUAGUUUUAGAUAAUGUAAACAUUUUUGAUACCACUAGUAGACCUUUUGAAAAUGAAUUUUCUUCUGAAGUUUUAUCAGAUCCAACAGAGAUGUUGAAUAAACAAUUUACUGAUUUUAUUGAUUCUUUAAGAGCUGAAGAGAAAACAAUUUUAAAUUUAAAUUUGUUGAUUCAGGUAGUUGAAACAUGUUGAAACUUAGCCAUAUUAGCUCAAAAGAUUGCGUGCUUUCCCUCCUUUUGUGGUAAUGUGUUUCCUAAAUAAAUGAUGAAAACACUGUAGAAACUUUUUUUUAUGUUAUUUUUUUAAAAAUGGCUCAAAUUUGAA